AUGGCACCUAAGAACUGGACCAAAGAGAGCUUCACGCUCAACACCGGCGCAAAGAUCCCUGCGAUCGGCCUCGGAACAUGGCAGUCACAGCCUGGUGAGGUCCGCGAGGCUGUCAAGGCGGCUCUCCUGUCCGGCUACCGUCACAUCGACACAGCUCUUGCCUAUGGCAACGAGAAGGAGGUUGGUGACGGAAUCAAGGACUCUGGCGUGCCCCGUGAGGAGAUCUGGAUCACCACCAAGCUCGACAACCCAUGGCACAAGCGCGUCGAGGAGGGCAUCACCAGCUCCCUGAAGAGCCUUGGUGUUGACUACAUUGACCUGUACCUCAUGCACUGGCCUUCGUCCACCGACCCUGAUGACCUCAAGAAGCACUACCCCGACUGGGACUUCUUGGACACAUGGGCUGAGCUUCAGAAGCUUCCUGCGUCCGGUCGUGUCAAGAACAUCGGUGUAUCCAACUUUGCCAUCAAGAACCUCGAGAAGCUGUUCGCCGACUCGCGCUUCAAGAUUACGCCAGCCGUGAACCAGGUCGAACUCCACCCCAACAACCCUUCACCCAAGCUCCUCGACUACUGCAAGAAGAAGGGCAUCCACAACACCGCCUACUCUUGCCUCGGCUCCACCGACUCCCCGCUCUACAAGAACGAGAAGCUCAAGAAGAUUGCCGAGAAGAAGGGCAAGUCUGUACAGCAGGUUCUGCUCGUAUGGGGUCUCCAGCGCGGCACCAGCGUCAUCCCCAAGUCUGUCACUGCAUCGCGCAUCCAGGGCAACUUCGAGCUUGACGGCUGGGAGCUUACGGAUGAGGAGGUCAAGGAGAUCGACUCGCUGCCUGAGCGCUUCAAGGUCUGCGGAGAUGCUUGGCUCCCAAUCAAGGUCUUCUUUGGCGAUGACGAGUAA